GCCAGUUCAAGCUAGAACUUGAUCAAGAUCGAGAAAAAGUUCUGUAGUUUAUUUGUGUUGAUUAGUUGGAAGGUGGUGCUUUAUUUACAAACAGGACUGUUACUUAUCCACAGAAAACAAAGUUCAUCAGGAUGAACCGUUCUGGCGGGAGACUAACACCAACACAAAAAUAUGCCACAAGACGUGAAUCUCCGAUACUUCUUCCUCAUGCAGAAUCAGAUACAUCAUUGAAUCGUAGAGGAAUCCUCUCUCCUCAUUCAGCAGAUAAUGUGAAAGAUGGUAAAGCUCCCAGAAAUUUAGUAAGAUACAUCACAGAAACACUUAUCAAGAAAUUAGCUAAGGAGGAGUCUCUGGAUCAGAUCUUAUCAUUGAAUCUCACAUUGUCUAAAGAAGGUGGUAAGAAAAUCAAGUAUAUUGAAAAUCUUGAAUUACUUCGGCGUUUACAAGUCUUGAGUCUAAGUUGCAACAUCAUCGAAAAGAUUGAAAAACUUGACAAACUCACCAAGUUAAGGGAGCUGAAUUUGAGUUUCAACUGUAUCACAAAAAUAGAAGGAUUGGAGAAUCUUGUACAUUUACAAGUACUCAAUUUAACUGGUAACCAAAUUGAACAUAUCCCUACAUGGCUGGCAAAGAAACUCAAGGAAUUGCAGACCUUCAGAAUUGCUAAAAAUAAACUGGCAACUCUGCAAGAAAUCUCCCGACUGCGGCCUUUGAAAGAUAUGGUGCAACUGAAUGUUUCGGAUAACCCUCUAUGUGAGCUUCCUCACUCAAGAUUGUUCAUUGUCUUUCAACUCAGAACAUUAGAAAUAUUAGACGGCCAAUCUGUUGACAUAAAGGAAAGGCAGGCAGCACAGGAAAGAUUUGAACAAGAGGAAAUUGAGAACUUAGCAGAUCGGCUGGAGAAACAAGAAAAGAAGUCGCGAAAUUUAGAAGAAGAGAAAACUAAGUCAUUGACAGAAAUCAAACACAAAGAUGAACGAGUUGAUGAGUUGAAAAAGAAAGAAAAGGACAGUAAGAGAACAAUAAAAGAGUUACAGAAAGAGUUAGAAACAAAAGAUGAAUUGUUGAAGAGAAAGACCUCAGAAUUAACCAAAGCAUGUCAGAAACAUUACAGACUAGAACAAGAACUUGCAUUCUAUAAAAUAGAUGCUAAGUUUGAAUCAUUAGGACAAUUUCCACAGCUAUCUCAGUCUGGGGAUGAAGGUGGUUUGGAAGAAAGUCCAUACAUAGGUAAAGCAAGGUAUAAAAGAAGUGGCACGGCUGGUGAAAAGUUUCUAUUGAAUAAAGCACAACCAGUUACGGUACAGAAGCUGAAUUAUGAUGAACCUGAUGCUAAUCCUAUGAACCAACAAAUAAAGGACAGAAUUCAUCAGGCAUUAGACAACCAGCUAGUGGAUAAAGAACAGAAUAUUGGAAAAGCACAAGAACGACUGCUCAAACUACAGGAUGAAUUACACAACACAGAACAGCAAAUACUAGAUGCUACUCAGGAACUAAGACGGAUUGCACAAGCCACCCCUCAAAGACCACUAACAGAGGAAGACAAACAACAAAUUAGAAAUAGAUUAGCUAAAAAGAUGCGAACAGUGAAUACAUUGAGAGAUAGAGCCAGUGAGAUUGAAGAUGAAAUGGGUCGUACUAAGCAUUAUAUGCAGAGAGAAGAGAAAACAAUAGCAGAUUUGUUGAUAGAAAUGGAGAAACUCGGUGAAGACCAUCCGCAAUAUGCAACUAAUGAUUCUCUGAAAGAUCGUCUCCGUGGGCAACAGAAGCAGAUUGAUGAGGUUUUACAUAAUAGUAUAAGACCAGAGGAUAUUGUGAAGCGACUGCAUGAGAUGACAGUUAAUCUUGAUGAUGGUGAUGAAAUCACACCAUAUAGUGAUAGAGAUAUACUUGGCAAAACACUUUCUGAACUACAACAGCAGCUGAAGGAUAAACUCAAACAGUCUAAUAAAGAGAAAGAACAAGCAAGAAAGAGACAAGAAAAGGCUGAAGCUGAGAUCAAAGCAAUGCAGAACAGACUACAAUCAGCUGAUGAACAAUACAAACAGCUUACAGACAAGGCUCUGCAAGCCAAGCUAUCUGAACAGAGGAAACUGCAUGAGGAUAGUUUACGGAGAAUGCAAGUUGAUAUGAAAAAAUUGAGUGAUAAGAUAAAAGAGGCAGAGAAAAGAGCUGCUGAAGAGAAAGAAAAGGCACAGAAAAGCCCUUCUCCAAAAAAGUCUGACACGCCUACACCCAGAAAGAAUCCAAAGGACCAAGAAAGAAUUUCACAACUAGAAAAAGACCUGAGUGAUAUAAAGAAAAAUACCGAGAUCAAGAGAAACAGUGUGCAAAAAAAGGAUUCAGAGGCACAAGCACAGAUUGCAAGAUUGGAAGGUGAAUUAAGGAGAAGAAAGGCCAAGGAUGAAGAAGACAAGAAAAAACAUGAACAAGAAAGACAAAGAGAAAAGGAACGAAGAGAAAAAGAAAGGAGAGAUAAAGAGAAAAGAACAGAUGAAGAAAAACAGAAAGAAAGAAAGCAAAAAGAAAGAGAAGAUAGGGACAGACAAAAAGAAAAACAACGUGAAAAGGAGAUGAAAGAAAGAGAUGAGAAUAUGUUGAUCCACCCACAAGCCAGGCAGGCUGCCAAAGAACUACUCAAAGCUCAGGAUGAUAUUGAAAAGUUAAUGGAACUGUUAUCAGAGAAAGAAAGAGACUUAGAAAUUGAGAUUGAAGAAGCUGAUAAGGCAUCAAGUACAGUUGCUGCUCAGCAAGAAGAAAUAGAUUACUUAUAUGACAAGUUAGAUGAACAGAAAUCUGAAAUACGAAGAUUACAAGAAAUAUUGGACAAAUUUGGUGGAACCCUUGAUGCAGAUGAUGAUCCUGAAAUUGCUGCCUUGAUGAAUGAAGUAGAUGCAUUGAAAGAUGCAUUAUUUGAACAGAGUAAUAGAAUUGUUGAUAUUAGUACACCCAGAGGACCCUCAGUUAGACGGGUACACUAUGGCAAUGUGGUGGAUGAGUACCAGUACAGUCCACCAUCAUCAAAUUGGCCACCAGAGAGGAAUGCCAAUUUUCCUCAUCAGCACGGACCAGCUUAUUACCCAGAAGAUGGUGGACGAUAUUAUUCCUCUCCGUAUGCUGCUAGUCCUGCAAGGUAUUAUCCAAGAUCUGCUGGAAGAGGCUAUGGUUAUGCUAAUGAACCAUCCAGUCCAACACCACCCCAGGGAGCCGCAUUUGCUCCUGUACCUGGCCAAGCUCCCCUUCCUGCACAGCCGGACUUUGAUGCCUCAUUAACCAUGCCGUCUGGUAUCCCACCAGGAUUUGCUCCUGUACCACCAGGUUAUGGUACAACCAAUGCAUCGUAUGCUGCUGGAGUUUCAACUCAACCACAGGUUGUCUUAUCAGGGCCGCCACCUGCCACCGCUACCACUCCUAGUGCUGCAUCUCAACCUGUCAUAGUCACAUCAACUGCUACCAGUAGUGGUCAAACACAACAAGAGAUUUUACCUAGACAGAUUGAAUUACCUGCUGAUAUGCUGUUUUGUAAUGUACCUGAACAUCAUGAUCUCGAGGAUGAAGUAACAAAAUUACAAAAACUAUUAGACAAGCAGUCCAGGAGAUCAGAGAAGAAGAAGAAGAAGCCUAGAGGACAUCCAGGAAGUGCAGACUCUUUGUUGUAUGAUAGAUUGGAAGAUUCUUUAGAAGUAAGUAAAACUAUGCCAAUGUUUAUUCUCAAUUUUCUCAUACUGUGUAGGUGUACAAAACCUAAAACAGGUGGCAAUAGUGGUUCACGAACAUCACCAUCUAAUCCAAGUGGCAACAACUCAGGUCAACCAAACAAGUCACUGCGUAGUAACCGUGGUUCCAGUGGAGGAGAUCAAAACGAACAACCUAACAAUACCUCAUACUCAAGUCGUACAAAUCGAAAUAAAGAUACUCCACUUUUCUAUAUUGGAGGGGGAAAUGGUGUGUCAUUAAUUGAAAAGCCUUUACUUGACAAGGGAUGGAUUAGGACACGUGACAAACAAACUGAUGACUACAAACUAAAAUGGGUGGAGCUACGAUCCUCCAUAAACUAUCAUAGAUUCCGAGAAGGAGAUCAGUUGGUUAAUCGGAUACCAAACAGCAGUCUCCUAGCAACCAAGGUUGGUUUAGUCACCAGUCUUAGGGAGUAUGAAAGAGUUAUGGACCGAGUUAAAGAGGGUGAAACUUGGAUCUGUAAACCAACUGGCCUAAAUCAGGGUAAAGGAAUAUACCUAGUACAAGACAUUACUGAGUUAAAGAAGAAAUAUGGUGAUCCAGAAGAAGAUGGUCCUGGCAACCCUCCUCCUCCGGCUCAACAAAGAAGAAAACGAGUCGCACCUAUGCAGAGAUUAAUUCAGAGAUAUGUUCCAAACCCAUUGUUGUUAAAUGGUAAAAAGUUUGAUGUGAGAGUAUACAUGUUGAUUGCCUGUACCAACCCACUGAUGGUAUUCUAUCAUAAGGCUACUUAUGUGCAGAAAAAGGACCCAAUGUACGAGGAAAUGAAGGAGGAAACCGCCUGGAGUAUGGAUAAAUUUAAUGAUUAUGUGAAUGAGAAUCUGGCAGAAGAAAAGGGAUUGCCCGAAAAUUGGAUCUAUGGAUUCUUCACAAAACGCAUGCAGGCUAUAAUGUUGAACUGUACGCAUGCAGUACGAAAUAAAUUACAGUGUAAACUGGGAUACUUUGAUCUGUAUGGAUUUGAUUUCUUAUUGGACACUGAUAUGAAAGUGUGGUUACUGGAAAUCAAUGUUAAUCCAGCAUUGCAUGUCAACUGUGAGGCCUUACUGGAAUGUAUUCCUGGUGUUGUAUCGGAAACUUUGGUAUCAAGAUGGCAAGAAAGAAGAAGUGUUGUAUUGCCAGAGCAGCUGCUCUGGCCAAAACCUGAUAGACUUCACAGUGAUUUCAGAGAAGACCGGGACACCAGACAAAAGAUUGACACACACCAUAAUGAGUUGGAGGAUAUUGAUCAUGAAAUUGGACAACGUAAAGCUGAUCUCCAAAUUUUACAAGAGAACAUAGAGAAAAGAAAAGCAGAACUGACACAUGUGCUCAGAGAGGGCGAAACUGACGUUGCUAAGAAACAAAGAGAUAUCAAGAAAGUACAAGAUAUUCUGGAAGAAUUAACUGUACAAAAUAAAGAUUUGGAAGUGACAGUGAGUGAGAAGAGAUCACAACUAGUGAAGCUGAGAGACUGUGUGGAUCAGGAAGAUGAAACACUGCAGCAGUUGGUGUCUAAUGUUAACAAGUAUAAAACAGAAUUGAAACAUGUUUUAGAAAUGUUACAGUUAGAGAAGACUGAGUUAGAGGCUCUGAAACAACAUCAUACAGACAAAAUGAUUGAUUUAGAGAAGACGCAAUUGGCUGUAAUUGAAGAGAAAUCUGAGUUAGAAAGACUGCAAACAGAAGCUCAGCGUAAGAGAACAGAAUUAGAAAGAAGUAAACAAAUCGUUGAAAAAGAGAAAGCUGACAGUGAAAGAUUGGUAGCAGAACGGAAAUCCAUGCAGGAUCAUAUUGACACAUUAACCAAAGAAAAAGAACUUCUGGAAAAUAACUGUAGUAAUCUAGAAGGAAAAAUAUGUAAUUUGAAGAAGUAA